AUGAACGCGGAGCAGAGCAAAAGUCUGCUUUCGAGCGGACAUCUGUCGGCGGACCCUUAUAUCAACACGUGCUAUUCCGAGAUGUGCAUGUCGACAGUUCAAGCAGCUCCGCCUCCUCACAAGCACAAAAUCGGAUGGGUGAUAGCGGCGGUUUUCAUCGUCGCCGACAUGGUCGGCGGCGGCGUCGUCGCGAUGCCGGUGGCGUUCAAACUCUCCGGCCUGCCGAUGGGCAUCAUCAUAAUGCUGACGAUCGCGAUCAGCUUCGAGUACACCGGCUAUUUGUUGGGCAAGGUGUGGAACAAGCUGAUGGAGAGGAAUCCGCACAUCGGCGUGUGCCGAAAACCGUUUCCCGAGAUGGCGAAACGGACGAUGGGACCAGCGAUGCAACGAUUCACUUCCGUUCUCGGCAAUGUGACCCUCUUCGGAAUCUCGGUUGUCUACUUAUUACUAUCGGCAAAUAUUAUUCACUUCUUCAUUACCCACGUGUUGCACAUUGAAAAUGUCUCAAAUUGUUUGGUGAUCGCAGCGCUCGCAUUCAUCAUUUGGCCGUUCACACUGCUCGCGAGUCCCGGCGAAUUUUGGAUUGUCAUCGUGUUCGCGAUGCUCACCACCGUCGUCGCCGUCGGCUCAAUUCUCACCGGCAUCGCGUUCGAUUCGGCCGAGUGCUACGCUCAUGUCGCCUAUCCCGUCACCACAGGAACCUCGACGGUCCUCUCAUUCGGCAUCUUCCUGUUCGCCUUCUCCGGUCAUUACGUCUUCCCAACCAUUCAGCACGAUAUGAAGAAUCCACGGGAAUUCACCAAAUCGGUCAUUUCGGGAUUCAUCGGCGUCGUCUUACUCUACCUGCCGCUUUGCGUCUUCGCGUUCGUCGUCUACGGCGAUUCGAUGGCCGAGUCGGUCAUCUACAGCAUUCAGAGUCCACGAAUUCAACUACUCGCCAAUCUGAUGAUCUCGUUCCAUUGCAUCAUGACACUGGUGAUCGUCAUCAAUCCGUUGAAUCAGGAGCUCGAGCAUUAUAUGAAUAUCUCACACGCGUUCGGAAGCGGACGCGUCAUCACGCGAACCGUCGUCCUUCUCGUCGUGCUGUUCGUCGCGCUCACCGUUCCCGACUUUCAGCCGGUCAUGAAUCUCGUCGGUGCUUCAACGAUUCCGAUGGGCUGCGCCGUUCUUCCAUCGCUCUUCUACUUGUUCUCCGAAGCAGCCACCGAAGAGGAAUGGCGGAAGAAUAAGAUUCCAUCGAUCAAACAGGUCUGCGAGCGAACCGACAAAUCAGUGCUGAUCAUCAACUUCAUCAUCAUAGGCGGCGCGAUUCUCGGAGGAAUGCUCGGCUCGUAUCAAGGAGUGCUGAAGCUUCUGAAUGCCAGCUUCAACGCGCCAUGCUACGCGAGAUUCUUUAUGGAUACCACCUAUAAUAGCACAUUCCUCGUCAAAAAUGUGUGCUGCGGCGCUCAUCGCGAUAUCAACGUGUUCAACGUGACGGAUUUCUGCUGA